AUGGCAGUUCGUGGCCCGUGCCCUAUGCUCAAUACUUUAGCAAACCAUGGCUUCCUACCACACAGCGGCAAAAACAUCACUGAAAACGACACAGUCAACGCUUUGAAUGCAGCUCUGAAUGUCGAUCGAAAACUCGGUGUUUUUCUAUUUCAACACGCAAUCACUACCAAUCCAGCGCCAAAUGCCACGGAUUUCUCGCUCGACGACCUCAGCCGUCACAACAUCUUGGAACAUGAUGCAAGCUUGAGUCGUGGGGAUUACUAUUUCGGAGACGACCACACCUUCAACCAGACGAUCUUCGACCAAACGAGAUCAUACUGGACAGUCCCAAUUAUCGACAUCGAAACCGCGGCCAAAGCCCGUCUAGCUCGCGUAGACACUUCAAAAGCGACCAACCCGACUUUCAACCUCACCACAACUGGUACCUUGUUCAGCUUCGGAGAGACGGCUGCCUACAUCAUCGCUCUUGGCGACAGAGAGACGGGGACAGUACGGAGAGCGUGGGUGGAGUAUCUUUUUGGUAAGAACCGAGUUACGGUCCAAGGUUUGGUUUGA